AUGAAUGCUUGCCUGCACUAUGGAUGGCUUGUUGGAGCAAAGACAAUGAACAAGCGAAGACCAUCGAAGAAGCAUGUGAGCUCCUGGAAACACUACAAGCCCAACUCAAGGGUAACAAAUUCUUCGGAGGAGACAAACAUCGGAAUUGUAGACAUCAUUGCCAAAUUUAUCCCAUUCUGGCUUGGAGUCCUUCUGGAAACCAUGGGAUCAGAAGAUUUGUUGACAGAUGAGAAAUUUCCCAUUUUAUGCAAAUGGAAGAAUGCCUAUGUUAACUUCCCUGUUAUCAACGAAAAUCUGCCUCCCGAAGAGAAUCUAACGGCCUACUUCAGAGCUCGUCAACAACCUGCUAGCGGUCCUAAAAAUGUGUAA